AUGACGGUGGCGAACACUGAAGCACCGACUGGCGGCUCGGAGACCAGUGUGUACAUGCACACGGGGUCGUACGGCUCGGCCACGCGUACGUUGAACUCAACCUAUUCUUGCUCGUGCGCUGCGGCCCACGUGAUGUUCGUCGUGAAGACGAGCGAGUCGGAGAGGACGAUGCUGGCUACGCAACUACUGAGUGGCCUGUACGUUAUCCGGCUCGGCCAGACCAAGUACACCCCAAGCUCCGGUCAUGGCGGUGCUGAGUCCUGUACUCCUCGUACUUGGAUGUGUGCCGGAAUGCUCGACGACGACAAGACGACAAAGAGCAACCAAGUACACACACUGGACGUGGUCGUGCACGCAGCAUUUACCGUUGCCGCUGCUGGCCAGGUCUGGCUCGCUCUCUUGAAGACUGUCCGAUGCAAAUCGGACGCAGGACGAACAGGAGGCACGUCUCUGGGCGUUGUAUCGGACACGUGCGGUGACGAUUUGCCAGCUGCUAAAGAAGGGUCCACGAUGCGUCCAAGGAGGACAGAUGGUGGACUUUCCCUGAACAGCAAGAAAUUAAAAUUUUUGACAUCCCCGAGCACAAUUUUUCCGGAAGCUGAAAGAGUUGUCAUUGAAAAGACCCGAGCGAUGGAAGCCAGAAAACGCACAAAGUGCCAUUCGAACUCUGGCACCGACGAUGCUGCGUGGCUAUUACGAGCGUUAGGCAAGAAGAAAAAGAAGAAAAGCAAGAAUGCAGCGGAGACCAAUGCAGUCAGAACCUCGGGAACCGAAACAUCGGCGAAGAAGACGCAGCAGAAAGUAGAAAAUGAGCGAAAAGUGGGCGUCAUUGGGCUCUCCAUGUCCGUGCAGGAACGUCAGCAGUUGUGGCGCAAUGGGUCGACCAAGAAGCCUCUGGAUGAAGCUGCAGAGCAUACCAAACAGCAGGAACGAGAACGCCAGGAAACAGGCUUUGACCGGGUCUUCCAAGAAGUCUUCGGCAAGGAUCAAGUGGGACAGAAAGGAGCGGACGAGGAAGAGAUGGACAGCAUCCUUGGCGCUGCUAAGGCGUCCUCUCUGGGACUCUCUACUACGACAGCGUCGUUGAUGGCUACCAAUGACGGCAACGCGAAGGAAACUACAGAAACAGGGAAACGCAGAGCUCCAGACGACGUAGAAGAAAACUCUUGGGGCUUUGCUUCGACUGAGAACAGUGCACUAAGUCUCGAUGACUUUGACGCUGAAGAAGACAGUAACAAUGUGGAUUCUGGUGCCUUUAAAGCUGGAAACGCUGCAGGAUUUGAGCGAUGGAAGGCCGAGGACGCACAGAGAGCUGUGAGUGACAAUUUUGUCAAGUUAAACAUGCGCAAGCGCUUCAAAGGAAGUUCUGGACGUGCCAAGAAGCGUCCAGCUUAUCUGCGAGCUCGGAAUGAGAACUCACUGGACGAAGCUACUGGCGAGAAGUCGACAGGAAUCGCGCCAGUUGUCGAUGCCAAUGGCAGUCAACAACGCAAGCUGGACAAGUCUUUGCUGGCUGACGACGGAGUGGACUUCAUUGAGGAAUGUCUGGAGGCGUUGGCCAAGGCGGAGAAGGCGCAUGAGCUCACUAAUCAGGCAACUGACUCGAAGUCUCCUAAGCAGGGAUUGGAACCCCCGAGAUGUCAUCAUGCGCUGGUCUGUCCGAGACGCAUGUUGUGGCGGUCAAGUACGCGAGUCAACGAGCGGAUGUUGCUGGACGCUGCGCGACGCAAGGAGCUGCCUCAUGGUCAUGUUUCACAUCGCAAGGACGGGUACUUGAUCUCCUGGACUGUAGACUUUCACUUGCACGAGACAGCGCAGUGGUACGCGCGUGUUGGCGGCAAGAAAGAAGGCUCUGCAACGCCUUUGGCGACUUUAGAUGCGCAACAGGAGGGAGAGACGAACGCUGCUGCGGUGGCUGCAGCAACCAACGAACGGCGGAUGCUACAGGAGCUGCGAGCUGCGCAACAGACUGGCCAGAUCCAGCGCCUGACGCUGUCGCAGCCAGCGUUCCAGCUGCAGCUGAGCUGGCGAGUCGACGAGACCGAAGAGAUGAAGACCGAGGCUGCGGAACGAUGGACCGCCAGUCUGUACGCGAAGCACGAACACCUCGAGUCACGGCAGCUCGCUCGUCUUGCGCAGCUGUACAGUGCACUACACGCAGCUGCGCUGCCAGCGCCAUCUCCGUCCAGACCGCACGACGAGAAUGAAGAAGAUCUUGGAGAUGCCGAGGACAGAGAGGAGAUCAUGUGGACGAGCUAUGCGGUGGCCAAGGUGUUUCACGGGCUUACGACGCCGCAACUCCCGACACGACAGUGGCGCGACCACGUCUGCUGGCGUCGCUACUCCGACGUCGCCUUCGAGCGCAUCGUACAGAUUGCAAACAGAGUGUUAGUGGAGAAUCAAGCUACAGCAAGUAAGGAUUUAGCGUCUAUAGAAGAAUAA